CCACGUCCCCUUCUCGUCUUUUUAUCGCUGCAAGAACACAGAAACCAGAAACUAAUACUGAUCCCCAUCUCAUCCAUCCCUUUUUCUUUCUUUCUUUCCCUCUCAAUAAUAAUAAAAUCUUCUUACACCUGUAACCUUCUGUUUCUUGACACUUGCCCACUUUCUUUCUUUCUAGGUUCUUGAUCUCUUUUUAGACUGAAUCUCUUCUUUUAUUUUUUCUUUUAUUGUUUUGAGGAAUUCAAGGCAACAAGUUUGGACUUGCCAAAAAGAGUAAAAGAGAGAGAGAGAUGGGUCACCAAUAUGCUCCUAUAUCAUCUUUUUUCCCUUGUUAGCCCCCCCGAAUCUCUUCUUCUUCCCCACACUUUGAAUUCUUGGAUACAAUCUUUCCUUGUUUCAAAUCUUCCAAAUCUUGAAUUUUGUGCCACCGCCAUUACUGCUACUCGAUACCUUCAUUCAAUUUCCAAAUCUUGCGAAUUUCCAUAACUCUUGUUUUGCUUAUGAGGCAAUCACAAUGCCAGGAAAGAUGAUCAUAAUCUUGACAAUCUUUAUAAUAGAGUAACAAACCCUCCAAUUCUUGCAAAUAUUGAAAGAGGUCAAGUUUCAGAGAAAAAAAAGAGUACAGUUUUGAUAUAUGGAGGCAAAAGCUAGAGAGCAGUGCAAGAUCAGAAAGAGAGGGAAUUCAUCGUCUUCUUCAUCUUCGCUAGUGCAGAAGUACAGGGUUAAGAGAGCAAUUCUUGUUGGAAAAAGAGGUGGAUCUACUACUCCUGUCCCAACAUGGAAGACAAGCACCAAGUCUCCAACUUUAUCAAUUCCAAAUGCGACAGAAUCCACCAAGUGUCCACCCUCUCAAAGUGGACCCAAAACUAAAGAAGCUUCAGUUUCUGCCAGAAAAUUGGCUGCCACGUUCUGGGAAAUCAAUAACAUCCCUUCUCCAUUAAUUAGAAAGGAUUUUGCUGAAGAUACUAAGGAAAUCAGAAGCAGAGAAAAACUUCCAAAGUUUCCUCAUUUAUCAGAUCCAUCUUAUUACACUCCUAUUUCAGAGAAGAUGGAUCGAUCCAGAGGAAAUGGUCAUAAGAGUUGGAGAAGAGCAUCAGUUGUGACAAAGAAAUAUCAGCUAACAGAUUAUAAUGCAGGAGGCUUCGACUCUGUUAGUAAUGCGAGCUUGAUGGAGAUUGAAACUCAUGCUAAAGGGAAGAACCUUAGGUGGGAAUGUAUAAUUGGUAUUAAAACUCGAUUAAAGGAUGUUAGCAAUGGCUUAACAGCAUCAAAAGAGCUUUUGAAAGUUCUGAACAGGAUAUGGGGUCUUGAUGAGCAAAACUCAUCAGGAAUGUCCCUUGUCUCAGCACUUGGUGUUGAACUUGAUCGAGCAAGAAUCCAGGUUGAUCAAUUGAUCAAAGAACAGCGCUCUCACCGCAAUGAGAUUGAGUACCUUAUCAAGAAUUUUGAAGAAGAAAAGGCAGCUUGGAAAAGCAAAGAGAGAGAUAGGAUUCGCAAUGCCAUAGCAUGCAUUGCAGAAGAGCUUGAAGUUGAAAAGAAAUUAAGAAGACAGACAGAGAGGUUGAAUAAGAAGCUUGGAAAAGAAUUGGCAGAUACGAAGGCAUCGCUUUCUCAGGCAUUGAAGGAGCUUGAGAGCGAGAAGAGGGCAAAGGAGAUAUUAGAGCAAGUCUGCGAUGAGCUGGCCAGAGGGAUUGGAGAAGACAGAGCUGAGGUCGAAGAAUUGAAAAGAGAAUCUGCUAAAGUUAAAGAGGAGGUCGAAAAAGAAAGGGAAAUGCUUCAAUUAGCUGAUGUUCUGCGUGAAGAAAGAGUUCAGAUGAAACUCUCUGAGGCUAAAUAUCAUUUUGAAGAGAAAAAUGCUGUAGUUGAGAAGCUAAGAAAUGAGCUUGAGGCCUACCUUAGAGAAAAAUUAGCAGGUAAAGAAAACGGCGAUGAUGCUUCUCCAAAUUAUGAAAGAAUUAAAGAACUUGAGGCUUAUUUGAAUCAAAUCCGAAACGGUCCUAUUCAAAGAGCUGAGAGAGAAGAAAAUGGAUUGGAAGUAGAAAAUGGACAAGUAGUUCAUGAUGGAGAUGAUUCAGCUGAUAGUGAUCUGCACUCCAUCGAAUUAAACAUGGACAACUGCGGCAAAAGCUACAAGUGGAGUUUUGCUUUUGAUGGUGAUGCUUUAGAUAAUAUGAAACGCGAUUCAGUAGAUAGAGACUUCAAGGGAAGGAAGUCCAUUUCUGAGAAUAUUCAAUGGGGAAGCAUUUGUUUACAAAGAAGAAAUCCCAAUGGUAUAGAUGGUCCUGACUGGGAUUUCAUUACUAAAAGUCAGGAAAAAUCAGAUGCUUUUGAUUCACAUUCUCAAGCACAGGAUCACCAAGAUGAAAUAAUGCGAUAUAGGUCUGUCAAGAGCCUUAGAGAUCACAUUUUAUCUGGUGAUUCUAUGCAAAACUUCGCAAGUCCAACACGGCAACAGGGGCAAUCCUUACCGUUGCAGGAUGCUGGCAGUGCAGUUUCAGAUAGUUCACCAGUGUUGCAAGGGGAUAGCCUGAAGCCAGAAGAGGCGAUGCAGUUUCGGAUGGUUCACCAGUGUUGCAAGGGGAUAGCUUGAAGCCCAGAAGAGGCGAACGCCGAACUUCAGCAAGUUCAAAACAUUGAAAAAGAAAAUAAAACAAGUAGCAAUUCAUUUCCAUCGAUCAAUUACCGAAAGUGAGACUGUAAAUAGAAUCAUAUACAAAGCUGUAUUGAUCUUACAUUUUUGCUGUAUUUGUUAAAAUUUUGCUAUGUAUGCAGUUCUGUUUGCUUUAUUUACAAUAUUUACGGUU